AUGGGGAAAGCGGCCGCUCUGUGCCGAGGCGGUGGCUGUGGCGGCCGCUCCCGCGGGCUCUCGUCGUUCUUCACCGUUGUCCCCUGCCUGUCCUGCCACACGGCGGCGCCGAGCAUGAGCGCUUCCACGCCCGGCUCCGAGCCGGAGCCCAAGCCUCAGCACCAGGCGGUGCCCCAGCCCAAACGGGAUCUGGUGUCAGAACAGGUGUCGGAGCCAGUUUCUGAGCCGGCGCCAGGAUCGGAGCCUGAGUCCAGGAAGAUGUCUGAGCCAAGGCCAGGGUUCAAACAGGAAUCGGAACUGCUGCAGGGGUUGGGGACCGGAUCAGGGCCCCGGGAAGAGUUGGGCUCAAGCCUGGGGGCUGGGCCCUUCACCAAGGCCCCGUCCGAGCAGGUGCUGGCGCUGGGGCCAGUAGUGGGGAGCGUGCCCUUGACCGAACUCGAGUCCGGGUUGUUGCCGGCAUCAAAGGCCCCGCGACCAGGGCAGGUGAAGACACAUCUUGGGGCUCCAGUGCCAGGGAGUGGCACAUCCUCCGCUCUCUCGAUGGUCUCACUUCCUCUGGACAGCUUCAAGGGCUGGCUUCUCAAGUGGACCAACUACCUGAAGGGCUACCAGCGCCGCUGGUUCGUGCUCAGCAACGGCUUCCUGUCUUACUACAGAAAUCAGGGUGAAAUGGCCCACACCUGCCGUGGCACCAUCAACCUGUUCACUGCGCACUUUGACACGGAGGACUCUUGCGGUAUCGUGCUGACCAGUGGGGGCAGGACCUACCACCUCAAGGCCGGCUCAGAGGUGGAGCGGCAGCAGUGGAUCAGCGCCCUGGAGCUGGCCAAGGCCAAGGCUGUCCGCUUGAUGAGCAGCCAGUCAGGUAAUGACUCUGGGGACGACGAGGACGGGACCGCCUCCCCAGCUGACAAGAGCGAGCUACACGACACCAUCAAGAAGCUCUCCCUGAAGCUGGACGACCUCAGCACGUGCAAUGAGCUCGUGGCCAAGCACGGCGUGGCACUGCAGCGCUCCCUGAGCGAGCUGGACGGCCUCAGGAUCCCUUGCGAGAGCGGCGAAAAGCUGAAGGCGGUCAGCGAGCGGGCCACCCUCUUCCGCAUCACUUCAAAUGCUAUGAUCAACCUCACAGGCCACGCCCCCUCGCAGGCCUGCAGGGACUUCCUGGAACUAGCAGAGACGCACAGCCGGAAAUGGCAGCGGGCUCUGCAGUAUGAGCAGGAGCAGCGCGUCCAUCUGGAGGAGACCAUCGAGCAGCUGGCCAAGCAGCACAACAGCCUCGAGCGCGCUUUCCGUAGCGCCCCCGGCCGGGCCGCCAACCCCACCAAGAGCUUCAGCGAGGGAAGCCUCUUAACCACCAAAGGCGAGGACAGUGAGGAAGAUGAAGAUACCGAGUACUUCGACGCCAUGGAAGACUCCACGUCCUUCAUCACAGUGAUCACUGAGCCCAAGGAGGACAGAAAAGCUGAAGGUGGAACUACAGGCUCCGUGGAAUGGACCUCAGACAAUGUGCUAGACAGCACCUCGCUUGUGCCCCAGGGCCCCCCCAAAGUCAAGAGGCGUGUCCGCAUCCCCGACAAGCCCAACUACAGCCUUAAUCUUUGGAGCAUCAUGAAGAACUGCAUCGGCCGGGAGCUCUCCAAGAUCCCCAUGCCGGUCAACUUUAAUGAGCCCCUGUCCAUGCUCCAGCGGCUGACAGAGGACCUGGAGUACCACCACCUGCUGGACAAGGCUGUGCACUGCACCAGCUCCGUGGAGCAGAUGUGCCUGGUGGCGGCCUUCUCCGUGUCCUCCUACUCCACCACCGUGCACCGCAUCGCCAAGCCCUUCAACCCCAUGCUGGGUGAGACCUUCGAGCUGGAUCGGCUCGAUGACAUGGGCCUGCGCUCCCUCUGCGAGCAGGUGAGCCACCACCCGCCAUCGGCCGCACACUAUGUGUUCUCCAAACACGGCUGGAGCCUCUGGCAGGAGAUCACCAUCUCCAGCAAGUUCCGGGGGAAAUACCUCUCCAUCAUGCCGCUAGGUGCCAUCCACUUAGAAUUCCAGGCCAGCGGGAAUCACUACGUGUGGAGGAAAAGCACCUCGACUGUGCAUAACAUCAUCGUGGGCAAGCUCUGGAUCGACCAGACAGGGGACGUCGAGAUUGUGAACCACAAGACAAAGGACCGGUGCCAGCUGAAGUUUUUACCCUACAGCUAUUUCUCCAAAGAGGUGGCCCGGAAGGUGACAGGAGUGGUGAGUGACAGCCAGGGCAAGGCCCACUACGUGCUGUCAGGCUCGUGGGAUGAACAGAUGGAGUGCGCCAAGAUCGUGCAAAGCAGCCCCAGCAGCCCCAGCUUGGACGGGAAGCAGAAAACGGUGUACCAGACGCUACCGGCCAAGCUGAUGUGGAAGAAGUACCCGCUACCGGACAACGCAGAGAACAUGUACUACUUCUCGGAGCUGGCCCUGACCCUCAACGAGCACGAGGAGGGCGUGGCACCCACUGACAGCCGCUUGCGGCCUGACCAGCGGCUGAUGGAGAAGGGCCACUGGGAUGAGGCCAACACGGAGAAGCAGCGGCUGGAGGAGAAGCAGCGCGUGAAUCGGCGCCGGAGGCUGGAGGCCUGCUCGCGAGGCUGCGGUGCAGAGGAAGCAGAGAAGGAAGCCGAAGUGUACGUGCCGCUGUGGUUUGAGAAGAGGCUGGACCCGGUGACUGGGGAGACGGCCUGCGUGUACAAGGGUGGCUACUGGGAGGCCAAGGAGAAGCAGGACUGGCACAUGUGCCCCAACAUCUUCUGAGCGCCACCCCCUCCUGCAAAUACAGGUGGCUGCACAGCCUGGUCCACCUUCUAUUUAAUGCACUCAAUUUAGUACUCAACUGCCCUCCCCACCUUUUCCUUAUGUUUUUUAAUAACACUUCUUUUGGGCUCCCACCUUGGAAGGACGAAGUGCUGACCCGGGUUCUUUCCAGCCCCCAGGUGCCCUGGGUCUCCUAUGACCCUUCAUCAUGGACUUGAGCCCCAUCAGGACCCCCAGCUCCAGUUUCCACACCUCAGGCAGGCUGGCCCAGGCCCUGGGCUGCUCCAGUCACCAGCCCCCCAGGGAGGAACUGGCCCCCUCCCAGGGAGCCGCUUUUGACUUUUUUAGAAAAAAAAUGAUCUCCAUUUCUUUCCAGCCAAGAUAUUUAGUAAAUAUUUUUAGUACAGCACUUGGUGGACAACUUUCUAAGUGUGCUUUCUUGCCACAGAAGUGUCCUGGCAAGAGCCCUUUCUUUUUAAGACGUUGGGAAGCCAGACGGACCCCUUUGAGUCAGGAGCAUUUUGUAGCUCAAACAGCAAGGCCGUCUGUAUGUGAGCUGCCUGCCCCCCAGGAGCCCAGGACCCCCCAGAGAAGGGAACCAAGGGCCACCGGGCCCAGGAGAGCACAAGUCAGUUGUCUCUGGAGCCAAAGCCCCACACAUGGUGGGGAAGGGGGCACUGAGGGGCCACCAUGUGGAUUUGAGGGCAACAGCCCCUGCCUAGCCCUGGCCAUGCUGGGGCUGCUCCCCAGCCCCACAGAGACCGGGCCUGCAGGCGCUCCUGCCACGGAACCCGGCCCCAAAUCAGCAAUAAGAACCAACGGCUCAGCCUGGGUUGGUAUCCUGGGCACCAGAGAACCCAGAGUCCCAUCUCUGGGGUGCCCCAUCUCAGCACCCCUAAACUCUUUAUUUGCCUGAUAUAUAUAUAUAUAUAUAUA